GCGUCUAGAGAGAAGCAGCUUUUGCAUUGGGUAAUAUCAAAAUGGGGACGAGAUCUCUAGAAAUAAAGGUGACAUCAGCAAAAGGGCUUAAGAAAGUGUCCAAGAUGGAUGUUUUUGUGGCAGUGAAGUUAUCCGGUGAUCCAAAAUGCUCUGACCACCGUGAGCAGCGGACACAAGUGGCAAGAGAAGGUGGAACUAGCCCCAAAUGGAGCAAUGAUGUCAUGAAAUUCACCAUUGACCAAACCUUAGCUGAAGCUAACCGCCUUGUGAUCACUUUCAAUAUCAAGUGCGAGCAACGUGGAGGAGUAGAUAAAGACAUCGGCGAGGUUCAUGUUUCGGUGAAAGAGCUUUUGGAUCAUCUCGGAAACGAUAAGACCGGUCAAAGAUACGUCACAUAUCAAAUCGGGAAAUCCAAAAGCGAUAUUAGUUUCACCUAUUCGUUCACAGGUCCGGUGGGGGUCCCGACAGGUGGCGGCUGUUCACGGUACGCAGCUCAAGUGCCGGUGCGUCCUGUAUCGACCUACCGGCCUGUUUCGAACGGACCUGUGUUGAGUCAGUUGAACGGACCCGUGUUGAGUCAGUUGAACGGACCCGUGUUGAGUCAGUUGCUUCCAAGUGUUGGAUCGUUUAGUUACAACCACGUUCCUUCUCAGCCACCGAUAUAUCCACCACUUGCUCAACCGGAGAUUCUUCCACCGGCAUGCUUCCCCGGAGUGUAUCCGCCUCAUGGCUAUCCGAUGAGUAACAUGCCGGGAAGUCCACCCACAAUGUAUCAAUCUAUAUUUCCUGGCUUAUCAUGUCCACCGGAAGGUUACUCUUCGGUGGCUCCGCCGCUGACACAACCGGGACUAUAUCCACCGAUGAGUCCUUACAGAUUUUGAUUAAAUGUCAACGUCUCCAAGCCUAGUCGUCGGUGAGGAGAUUUGUAGAUUCUAUUUAACUAAUAAUGAUGUCAUCAUUUC